GCAGUACAGGCCUACAGGCCACUGGGAGGUGGUUCUCCAUUUUGACGGCGCAAGUUAUUUCAACAUCGUUCCCUUUAGUCCUUCACACUGUUGCAUGUCCAGCUGUCACUGAUGUAAUUGCAUUGUCAAUACUUCAUGCUUGUUUUCCCCCGGCGGUGGCACAGCGUCGCUGAGCGUGGCGGCCCCGGCUGGUGAUGGAGCGGCCCCGGAGGGACUGCUCUCUAUUGCGGCUGUUUGCCCGGCCGGCAGGAUCAUCCUGUCCUUCUGAGGGUGCUGCCAUGCCCGUCACCCCGCCACACACUCCGGCGGCCUCACCCGCUGAGCCCUCACCCCUCACGCCGCUGCGCCUCGCCCUUCACAACCUAGAGGACAAGCACCAGUUGGCAGCCCUUACGCCAGAGUCCCGCGACGUCGCCCCUCCCCCGCCCUUCAGCACUGUACCCACCCACGACCCGCAGCCACGCCAAACCCUCCCCCUGUACACCACAUCCCACCACCCACACACACACCGCCCCGCCCCGUUGCUGGGUGAAGGGAUGGCGGCGGAGCCUCCCGACGGGAGCCUGCACACAACCGCCACCAGCCUGGCCUCCGUCACCCAGUCCGUGGAACACCUCACAGACACACCCUGCCGCGACCCUCGACACUCCCCGUGCCAGAGGGACGCCCUACCAUUCUCCCCGCACGCCGCCACCGCCCUACCGGAGUCUUCGCGUCGCCAGGUAGAGGAGUCCCCACACCGCCCUCCCAGCGUGGGAGGCCUGCGAGGUGGGUCACAACGCGGGCCAGAGGAGCUCGGCGGGGCAGCAACUGAGGCCCCGUUGUACCAGAGUGGCGGCAACGACCACCUGCCUCCCGCCACAGCCACCACCGACACCACGCACGACUCUGGCAUUCGCAGGUACCGCACGGCCUUCACCAGGGAGCAGGUGUCUCGCCUCGAACGGGAGUUCUUGAGGGAGAACUACGUGAGUCGUCCCCGACGGUGCGAGCUGGCGGCCGAGCUGAACCUUCCUGAGGCCACCAUUAAGGUGUGGUUCCAGAACAGAAGGAUGAAGGACAAGAGGCAGCGACUGGCCCUUGCGUGGCCCUACUGGGACUCCGCCCUCGCCGCCACGCUGCUGCAUGCCGCCCACCCAGCGCCGCCCCUCCUUCACCCACUGGCCACCUCCGCUCCCCUCACGCCUCACCUCUCCACCCAUACUGUGUCCUCCUUCCUUCCCGCCCAUUUCGGCCUUAAUCCCUUCCUGCCUCCCGCCCACAGUCCAACACAGACCCCUGCCCCACCCUUACCACUCAGGCCCUACCCUACCCUGCUUCUGCACUCCGUACCCCCGGCAGCACAACCCCUACUGGCGAGCCACGACCCACGUCCCUCCCUAGCUCAUACCCCAACGCCUCCCCUGCCUCGUCCCUGCCUCCCGCCUCUGCCUCGCUCCACUGCCUGCCUAUGGGACUCCAGUCGUGACCAGGGGGACGGUGCUGGCAAGGGCGUGAGUGUGGAGGCGAGUCUAAACACCUCCACGCCGCCCUCCCUCACGCAGACCACACUAGGCACAGACCACAGCCGCCGCUCCUCCUCGCCCUGCCCUUAG